GCAGCGCAGCAAGAAAGCUCAGCUCAGCCCUGGAGCUGGCGGUAGUGGGAGAGGGGCUGGAGAGCAGCUGUACGCGUCACACCAGGCUGGGGUUUUGGUCCACAGUCAGCAACAUGAGAAAUGAGAUAGACUUGCUGGCCACUGUCACAGUUCUGGGAGUCCUGGAGCAAGCCUAUUUUGCACUGCAGGUGAUCUAUGCCCGGCGGAAGUACAAGAUCUCCCCUCCCGAGACAACAGGUCACCCUGAAUUUGACCGGAUCUUCAGAGCUCAGGCAAAUUGCUCAGAGUACUUCCCGAUCUUCAUCUCGCUCCUCUGGGUUGCUGGAAUCUUCUUCCAUCAAGGUGUGGCUGCAGUGUGUGGGCUGCUCUACCUCUACACCCGCUUCAAGUACUUCCAGGGAUACACCGUGGCUACGCAGGGACGGUUGGGGCCGCUGUACGCCAGCGCCCGGCUGCUGUGGGUGCUGCUGGGGCUGGCGGUGGCCGGGCUGCUGGCACACUUCUUGCUGCCCCACUCCUCAGGGUGGGCAGCACCGCUGGCAUGGCCCUUCCAGCUGCUCGGCACCUGGUGAGAGGGGCCGUGGCCCUCCCAAAACCCACUGGUCAGCCUCAGCGGAGGGGAGGGAGUUGUGCAGCGUGGUCAGAGACCAAGUACCUCCCCAGCUCCGUGCUUACCUUUGAAGGGAGGCAGAUGCUGGCACUCCUCUGCUCAUGAAGCUCCACUCUCCAGAGAUAAUUUCCCUUCUAGAAAGCAAACGGUGCCCAGUCUCUACCCCUGCUGCUGGGCUUCACUGCCAGGUUUUGUAGCACUGUCUGCUCUAAAACCUGUAACACCUUUGGCUCUGCCAUUCGGAGCAUGGAUUGACCCAUACGCUGUUGUCACUCCUUUCUGCUGUAAUGGUCUAUGCUGAAGGAUCACACCAUGGAUAUACAAAAAAUAAAUUCCUUUUCUCAGUAGAAAUGACCUGUGAUUGUCAAAGGUGCUUGGGGACUGGGUGUGAGAACAUCUGAGGGUUAGGGGACUGGGUUGCAUGGGAAAAGCUGCUGCGAUUAAAACUAACUUGAAAGGAGAGGUAAACUUGUCUAAAACUGUAUCCAAAUUUUGAGAAAAAAGCCUGACUCUAAUCCAAAUGCUAACAUCUGUGUUUGGUAUUGACCUGAAUGACCUUGACUUGGCCCUGACUUCACUUAUCACCCACCCACCAGUAGGACUCUGACCUCUCGCUGGAUUUCAACCUCCACUGGAAAUUCGAGGUUUGCCAGUAACUAAAGCAGGCAGCUCCUUGCUAAUUUGUACAUGGGUAUUAAGAAAAAAAAAACAACAACAUGUAUUUUUUUAAGACAAAGAACUGGUCCACAAUUGCACCCUCAGGUGUACAGGUGCCCAAGUGCUGCCUUUGCUCCCUUCUGAGGAAAGACCUGAACAACCCUUCCUUUUUUUUUUUAAUACCUGGCAAAGGUUCCUGUGGCACUGGGGCAAAAAUUACCAGUUUCCCACUGGGCUGCUCUAAGUGCUCUCCCCAGCUUGAGCAAUGCUUUGGGAGUAUCAGGCACUGGUGAGUGCUGAGGAAUGACUCCAUUUCAGGUGUAGGGGCUACAGCAGGUCCCUGCCCCCAGGGAUGCACACCCUUCCUGGGGGGGGGACAGGCGGGCAGAGCAAGUGCCUUCCUGCUGUGAGUGACUCUCACUGCCACACCAAAGGUUUAAAUUUAGCUUUUAUUACAGUGCACAUUAUUUUAUAUAUUUAUAUAUAGAGAUGUACUUGAAAAAUCAAAUGUAUCCAAUAAUAAAAAAUACAGCACAUUAAAGUAGUAUAAUGCAUUCCAGUGUAUAGCUGAAAAGACAUUGGGAUUUACACUAAUCCCUACUAUUUUUGAACUGGGCUACUUCUGCUUUUUUUUUUUUUUUUUUCCUUC